AUGGUCUCCUUCUCUUCUCUCGCUCUUGUUCUUUCCACCGUCGCUGGCGUGCUGGCCGCGCCAGGCUCGGAGAAAUACGUCGAGCUAGCCAAACGUCAGCUCACCACCUCUCAGACCGGCACCAACAACGGCUACUACUACUCCUUCUGGACCGACGGCGGCGGUGAGGUGACCUACACCAACGGCAACGGCGGCCAGUACAGCGUCGACUGGACUAACUGCGGCAACUUCGUCGCUGGAAAGGGUUGGAACCCAGCCAGUGCGAAAACGGUCACGUACAGCGGCACCUGGAAGCCCAGCGGAAACAGCUACCUCUCCGUGUAUGGCUGGACCACCAGCCCGCUGGUCGAAUACUACAUCGUGGAGAGCUACGGCUCCUAUAACCCCUCCACUGGGGCAACCCUGCUCGGCAGCGUCGAGAGCGACGGCGGCACCUACAACAUCUACAAGACGACCCGCGAGAAUGCGCCCUCGAUCCAGGGCACGGCAACCUUCAACCAGUACUGGUCUGUUCGGACUUCGAACCGGGUGGGCGGGACUGUGACGACGAAGAACCACUUUGAUGCAUGGGCCAAGGCGGGUCUGGAGCUGGGAGACUUUAACUACAUGAUUGUUGCGACGGAGGGAUACCAGAGCAGCGGGUCUGCUUCUAUCACUGUUUCUUAG